UCGGUGUUUGUGCGAAAUUUUUGAAAAAUGUUCCGAUGCUGUUCAAGAUGAAGCAGAAUCACAAAUGACAAAGUUCUGUACUUGGUCUUGCGUUUACAAGAUUUUCCCAGAGACUUGGGAAAGGUAACAAGACACAGGCUUUGGGUGAUGUUAUGAUUUUAUUGGCGAACUGACAGCUGAAGUUGGACGUCUGCGGCAGAGCUGCGAACUGACAGCUGAAGUUGGACGUCUGUGGCAGAGCUGCAAACUGACAGUUCAAGUGGGACGUCUGUGGCAGAGCUGUGAACUGACAGUUCAAGUAGGACGUCUGCAGCGUUUGAACCAUCGGUCUUGUACAUUGGAUGUUACUACAUUGACAGCUCACAAUGAACGUUGUUGGUGUUGUUGUGAUUGCAGUUCUUUUGUCGUUACUGGGCGCUUUGGCGUCACAGGACUUUUAUGUACUCCUUGGGGUGUCACGAUCGGCCAGCACAAAAGAGAUUCGAAAAGCUUUUAAGAAAUUGGCCCUUAUAAAACAUCCAGAUAAGAAUAAGGACAACCCUGUUGCCCAUGAAGAGUUCCUAAAAAUAAAUCGUGCUUAUGAAAUCCUGAAAGACGAUGACUUGCGAAAAAAGUAUGACACAUAUGGUGAAGGCCUGAAGGAUGACUUCCAUGGAGGACGACAGUAUGAAAGCUGGAAAUUCUACCAAGAAGAAUUCGGUCUCUAUGACGACGACCCUGAGAUUAUCACAUUGAGUCGUGUGGAUUUUGAUGUUUCCGUGGAAGGUUCUGAUGAUAUCUGGUUUAUCAACUUUUACUCUCCGCAUUGCUCCCACUGCCACCAACUUGCACCGGCUUGGCGGGAACUUGCUCGUGAGCUGGAGGGGGUGAUACGUAUAGGAGCUGUGAACUGCGGGGAUGACUGGCAAAUAUGUCGUUCCCAGGGGGUGAGGUCCUACCCCUCACUCCUCAUGUACCCACAGCGUGAGAAAUUUUUCGGUGAGAGGACGACAAGAAAUUUGGUCGAUUUUGCCAUGAAGUAUGUUUCUGGUCAGGUCCAUCAGAUCUGGGAAAGCACUUUCAAGUCUGUGGUGACUCAACAGGAUGAUCUCCCUUGGUUGAUCACUUUCUGUGGAGAUGGAGGAGAUUGCUUAUCAGAAAUGUCUGCUUUGAAAUUGGCCGUCAUGCUGGACGGUUUGGUGCACGUUGGCUCUGUAGACUGUCACUCUGAUGAGAAAAUCUGUGAGAAGCUGGAUGUUGAGUACGGCACCAUUUACUUUCCCCAGGCCAGGGUUGUCAAAGGUGUCGGCUUGAAAAUAACAAGUUUGUACCCCAAAGACGUGGUAAGAACGGUAUUUGAGCAGUUGCCUGAUGUCACAGAGCUUGACAGCGUGACUUUUGAUGAGAUCACAUAUGGCUUGAAGGAGCACGAGAAGCCAAUGUUAAUUCAUUUUGUAGAGGGAGGUAACUCUGACCUGGAGCUGCGCAAACUGCCGGCCAUGUUGGAUGAGAUUGAGAUUGGUCGAGUUGACUGCAGCCGAAUGAGAACAUUGUGCAAUAAGCAACACAUCCUAAAAUUCCCAACAUUCAUCAUUUAUAAACCUGGAGGAAGCCAUGAGGUCUAUUAUGGUCGCUUAACUGCCCACGAUAUUGCAGCUUUUGCGAAGGACAGUGUUGUCACUCCGAUAGAAGCACUUGGGCCUCGUGACUUCCCGGACAGAGUAGUCACUAGUGAUGAACAUUGGUUUGUCGACUUCUUUGCACCAUGGUGUCCGCCAUGUAUGCGUCUCCUCCCUGAAUUUAGGAAAACGGCCAAGGAUAUGGGCUACACAGUGAACUUUGGGACAGUGGACUGUACCGUACACAGUCAUCUUUGUAGACAGUACAACAUCCACUCCUAUCCGACGACGAUAUUUUACAACAACACUCAGCCUCACCAAUACCACGGCCACCACGAUGCCUUCAGCAUGGCUGAGUUUCUUCAGGACACCCUGAGCCCCCCCGUGAUAUCAUUGAACCCGUCCUCAUUUGAUGAGCUGGUCCGUCACAAAGGUGAGAAUGAGGUGUGGCUGGUGGAUUUCUACGCUCCGUGGUGCGGGCCGUGUCAGCAGCUGGCCCCCGAGUGGAGACGAUUAGCAAAGAUGCUGACAGACAAUAAAAACAUAUUUGUGGCAGACGUAGACUGUCAAGCAAACAAACAUCUGUGUCAACGAGAGGGCAUCCGGUCCUACCCCAGUCUGCGUCUCUACCCCACAGGAACACAAGUACAGCCUUAUCCUUACAACGGCUGGCAUAGAGAUGCCCACUCCCUCAAAGCCUGGGCCUAUGAGUUCCUCCCUUCUAAAGUGACCGCGCUACGAUGGAAGACGUUCAAAGAGGACGUCCUACAAGGGAAGAAACCCUGGAUUAUUGACUUCUACGCCCCUUGGUGCGGCCAUUGCCAGGUGUUCAAGCCAGAGUUUGAACAGGUGGCAGAGGAUUUAGAGGGUGAAGUGAAAGCCGGUAAAGUGGACUGUGAUGCACAUCCGAGAAUUUGUCAGUUGGCGUCUGUUCAUGCGUACCCAUCUGUGAGAUUCUACGCUGGCACUCGAACAACGGGAGGUCAAGAACAGAAUCCUUACGGUUGGGAUGUACGAAGUCAAGACGCCUAUGAAAUUGUACAGUUUGUGAGGAGUAAUAUGCAGCAUAAGAAAACCAUUGAACAUGAUGAGUUUUAAGAGGAAGUCAGGAGUUUUGAGUUGGAGUUUAUUUAUUUAUAUCAUGAAAUAUGUCGUCAUUUUCUGAACAAAUGCACACGCAUGUAUUAUAGGUGCAUGUAUUUAUUUACAAUGUACAGUUGCUGUUUUAUGGCAAAGGGUUGAGAUUUUCACCAUUCAAGAAAUGAUCUGCUUGGACUGUCUAUUAAUUAAUUACUUGUUCAUUAGUUUCAUUUUUUUUUGAGUUGCUUUGAAGCUAGUUUACUUCACCGAAUACCCUGAAUGACCAUGAAUUUUGCCCAGGACAAACUUGCCCAUUUUUCCUUAUUCUGAGAGUUCUGUUGGUUUUAGAAAGGUGUUUUGUGGUUUACUAGGGGGACUCUGUGGCUAUCGCAGCGUAAUGACCCAGGAGCCUCUCACCAAUGCGGUCAGUGUGAGUUCAAGUCCAGCUCAUGCUGGCUUCCUCUCUGGCCGAACGUUGGAAGAUCUGUCAACAACCUGCGAAUGGUCAUGGGUUUCCCAGGGGCUCUGCUCAGUUUCCUCCCACCACAAUGCUGGCCACUGUUGUAUAAGUGAAAUAUUCUUGAGUACGGCGUAAACACCUAUCAAACAAAUAAAUAGAUAAAUGUGAGGUUUACUUGGAAUAUGGGAUGACAUUCUACUGGGAAAUUCUAAGUUUCAGCACCAAAAAUAAUAUUUUCUGACCUUUAUUUGCCUCUAAAAUUCACUUUUGUGGGCGAAAUUUUAAGUCAUUUGGGUAAAUUCAGUACUUAAGCCGCGUUGAAUUGUUUUUCAUUAACUUUGUGCUCAUAUUUUUAAUUACAUAUAUAUAUGUUCAUAACGUUUGUUAGCCAUGAAGGUAGCUUCAUAGACUUAACCACAUCUUAGAACCACUUUGAGGAAGCUCUGUAAAAAUACGGUGGAAAGGAAAUCUUAAAGUUUUUAUCACAAGGGCGUGACCUUGAAAAGUUGGUAUUGUUCCGAAGAUAGUGUGGAGUCAAGGUUUUAAAGUCUAUUUGAUGAAAAUUCGUAAACAAAGUAAAAAUGGGACAGAAAAAAAAAAUGUAAAAGGGUAUUUUAAGGUUGAGUUGCAUGUAUGUUCAAGUAGUGUGACAGUACUAUAUUCAUUGUGUCUAGUGCAUUGUUUCCCCCAGAAUACGUUAAUAUGUAUUUAUUCUGUUUUAAUAUUACCAGAUUGUGAAUGUGAAAUUACAUGCAGAACAUAUGUUUGGAAUAGUAUUUACUUCACUUUAACUCCUCAUUGUUUUGGUUUAUGCAAGUGUUUGACAGUGUGUUCUCAGUUUCCAAAGGAAAACUUGAAGCAUCUCAAGUGGCAGUAAGAUUGAAGAAUUUGCUGUGAUUUUGUUUGACAUUUUGCCAGGGUAUUACAAUGAGAAUCCACGAUUAUGAAACCUUGCGACUUGCCCCAGACAUAUUUUUGUUGAAGCUUGACAACAUGUAGCUAUUGAUCGAGAGCGUGCAAGAUGCCUUUGUGAUGUGUAGUUUGAUAUCAGUGGAUUAGAAUUGCCAAUCUUGGGUUUUUCGAUUUUCAAUAAGGGACCAACUAAACUAUUCUGUAUUUCCUGCAACUUAGACAUGAAUUUAGACAUGUUAGUUGUAAGUGACCCCUAACUCCAUGCUUCAUUGUUUAAAGUUAUUGUUUGUGUAAUAAGUAUGAUUGUUUUGUAUCACUGUAUUUCACCUAAAGUUUAGCGUAUUUCAGCUGACAAAUUUUACCUGAUUCUGAUUGAUUCAUCCACCUUAUAGGGCUAUUCAAGUGUUUUUUUUUAUGAAGUUUGAUUUUUACAUAUUUUGUGUGAUUUUGAUUAAUUCCUCCACCUUAUAGGGCCAAUCAAGAGGUUUUUUGUGAAGUUUGAUUAAUUUCUUAUCAGCAAAACUUGGGUAUUGGCAUUAAAAGUAUUAUUUUAAAGCCCUUAAAUUCUUCCAUUUUUACUUACCAAACUUCAGGUGAAUCAGGUAAAUUAGGUUUAAUUACCCUUGUACAAAGCAUGAUCUAUAGUAUAUACUCUGUGCAUGAUUUCUGUCUUUCUUAUUUUAGUCGUUUUUGGACUUAACUCUACCUGAACCUAUCUUUCUGUGCAAUUUGUUUACUUCUAUUUCUUGCUAGGUUUAGUUCGCUUUUUGCAAUGUAUGUGUAGGCCUACUAGGAGAAACUGUUUUAUAUUUUAUUUAUAUUCUUUGUUUGCUAGUGUUGUUAGUUUUAGCUCAUAGUAACCUGUCAAAGUCAACAGAACUGCUGUCUUUGCCAUUUGAACCAUUAACUGUUUCGGAGACCAAAACCCUCUGGUGUUUACAAGUUGUAUUUUGUUCAUUAUCAAGAAUGGGAACUGACUAGCUGUGACAAGCAGCCCUAUGAGUCACUCUUUCUGUGGGUGGGUACAUCAGAGUUUUGAUAUCCUUUUAACAUGGGACAUUCACUUAACAAGUGUCCUGGGUGCAAGGUGACAUGAACCUAUUUGUGAGAUGUUGCAGAUACUACAAACUUUUGCUUAUGUUUGUAGGAAUGUAAAUGAAUUUA